AUGAAGGGGGCGAUACUUUCCGUGGUGUGGCUUGCGGGCCUCACUGCAGCCCAGAGUAGCUCGGCCUCGGUGACUCCAUCAGUCAUCACCUUAUCUGGAUCGCAGCGGAGUCUGACGGGCGAUGAUGCGGCUCCCAACCCAACCGUUCCUUCGGAUUUCGAGGGCAGCACAUUUGCGACCAUAACCUCGCCUGCGUCUUCUGGACCGUCUGGUAGCACUUUCUCGGCCAAUGGCACGGCCUCACUUACAAGCACUCAAGACCCCGUUACAAACAUCGGAGGAGGGAACAGGACAUUGACACCGACUGGCACUGGGACAGCUCCGGCGCUGCCAUCAAACACACAGCCGUGUAAUAACUAUCUGGAGUUUUGCAACCGCAAGUACUCCAAUAUCACCGAAGUAGCUGCGCACAAUUCGCCCUACACGCGACAGAAUAACAUUGCGCGCAAUCAAGAGUAUGGCGUGACACAACAAUUGAACGACGGUAUCCGCAUGCUACAGGGCUCAGCCCACUACGUCAAUGGCACGCUCUACUAUUGCCAUUCGUCUUGCGACCUGCUCAACGCUGGUACUGUGGAAGACUACCUCCGUGAAGUCACCGCAUGGGUAGAAGCACACCCCUUCGACGUCAUCACGAUUCUCUUCGGCAACUCCAACUGGGACGAAACAACCGACGAUGGCAAGCCACUCGUCACAUCGUCCAACUUCGCUGAUCCGAUCGAGAAGUCUGGCCUGAUCGAAUACAUCUACCAACCACCAAAGACCGCCAUGGAACUCGAUGACUGGCCAACGCUCGGCGAACUUAUCCUUCACAACAACCGUGUCAUUACAUUCAUCGACUACAACUUCGAUACUGAUGCGGUUCCAUACAUGCUAUGGGAGUUUUACAAUAUGUGGGAAACACCCUUCUCUCCCACCGACCCCGAUUUUCCAUGUACGCUUGGCAGGCCCGAAGGGAUGGCUGAGGAGAAGAUGAGAGAUAUCAUGUACAUGGCAAACCACAACUUGAAUGCCGAGAUUUCAUUUGCUGGAUUGAACCUUCUGGUACCUAAUGUAGCCCAGAUCAACCAGACCAACGGUCUGGAAGGAGAGGGCAGCCUGGGUGCUAUGACCAACACUUGCACUACUAACUGGGACCGCCCACCGAACUUCCUCCUCGUCGACUUCUAUAACCAAGGGCCUAUCAACGGUUCCGUCUUCGAAGUUGCUGCCCGUGCAAACAACGUUACGUAUGACCGUGAGUGCUGCGGUACUACAUCUGUCGCCAAUGUGUUACUGCGACCUAGUGCUACUUACUUUGGCUUCGUGGUUGCGAUUGCUGCCGCAUUGGUCCUAUGA